UUGUUUGAGGGUAGUAAAAAUAAUUCCAAGGAAUCUAAGGUUGGAAUUAAACAUUCCUUUGUUUGGUAAGUGGGAACCACACAAAUAUGUCUAGGAAUGCAAUUUUCCCAGGAAAGCCAUCUACCCACGUUUUCCCCCAUUUCUUCCCCACGUUCACCCUUUUUUCCAUCCCUUUUAUUCCCAUGAGAUGGCUUGGGAAAGUUUUAUUCCCAGGAAAUGGAAACCCAUGAUCUUGAAUAAAAUACCAUAUUUGCCCUUGCCAUUCCCGCUAAAUUUUUCUCUGCUAUUCCCGCUAAUUUUUUCACCCAUGAUCUUCUAUAAAAAAGAAACCCAUUAUCUUUGUAGUGUUCAUCAACUGCUUGCUGUUUGAGUUUUGGAUUUCACUCUUCUCUUCAAGAUGGACGGGUCGUCUGAAAAUCAAAAUGUAAGAACCACAAAGAGACAAUGGACUCCUGAAGAAGAUGGAGUAUUGGUGGAAGGUUUGUUGAAAUUAGUGGACGAGGGUUGGAAGGCUGAUGCAAACUCAUUUAAACCUGGGUAUACUAAAGCUUUGGAGAAAUAUAUUCACAACAAAUUCCCAGGUUGCACACUAAAAGCUACACCACAUAUUGAAUCAAGAGUGAAAUUGCUUAAAAGACAAUAUUCUGCAAUCAAAGAUAUGUUGGGUCCAGGGGCAAGUGGUUUUGGGUGGGAUGAUGCUAAAAAGAUGAUUAAAGUAGAGAAGGAGAUUUAUCGUCAAUGGUGCAAGUCUCACUCUACCGCAGUUGGCUUGUAUAACAAACCAUUUCCGAUAAAGCAGCUGGUACUGUAACAGAAGAUAUCAUUGAUAUGACUAUUGAGAUGGAGAAGGAAAAUGUUCAAUCAACACAAGAGGGUGGAUCAGGAAUUAAUUUGAAUGAUGAUGAUGAUGAUGAUGAGAAUUUUGAGUCGCAGAUGCCAGAAACACCCACAGCUAACACUACUGCUCCGGGUUCAAAUCCAACAAACCAG